GCUACAUGUGGGUAGUGCUUUGCUCCAAACACUUUCACUUCUUCAUCUUCUUCAGCACCCUCAUCACAUUUCAACUCUUAAUUAACCAUUUCCCAUCUGGGUAUUCUUUAUCUUGCAGAUUUAGAGGCUUAUUAUCCAUUUUUAUAACUUUUCCGGUGAACGGAGAUGGCCGGAGGUGGUGGAAAGUCCGAUGAGCCGGCCCCACACCCACCUAAAGAUCAGCUGCUUGGUGUUACUUACUGCAUUACAAGUCCACCCCCUUGGCCUGAGGCUAUUCUACUCGGUUUUCAGCAUUACUUGGUAAUGCUCGGCACAGUGGUUAUUAUUCCCACUGCUCUUGUACCCCAAAUGGGUGGAGGAAAUGAAGAGAAAGCAGAAGUCAUCCAAACUCUACUUUUCGUAGCGGGUUGGAACACGUUGCUACAAUCUUUGUUUGGUACUAGGUUACCUGCUGUGAUCGGGGCUUCGUAUACUUUUGUCGCACCCACAAUUGCAAUCAUCUUGAAUAACCGAUGGAAUGAUGCGGAUCCUAUUGAGAAAUUCAAGAAGACGAUGCGUGCGAUCCAAGGGGCGAUGAUUGUUGCUUCAACGCUUCAAAUUGUUUUAGGGUUCAGUGGUCUCUGGAGAAAUGUUUCGAGAUUCUUGAGUCCCCUUUCCGCUGCUCCUUUGGUCGCUCUUGCUGGUUUUGGGCUCUAUGAAUUUGGAUUCCCUGGGGUUGCGAGAUGUGUUGAAAUCGGGCUGCCUCAGCUCAUCAUUGUAGUUAUCUUGUCUCAGUAUGUAUCUCACAUGAUACAUUCAGGCAAGUCGAUUUUUGAGAAAUUUUCUGUGGUGAUGUCGAUUGCAAUCGUUUGGAUUUAUGCUCACCUGCUUACUGUUGGUGGGGCCUACAAUCAUACACCCCCUAAAACACAAACAAGUUGUCGAACUGAUCGCGCUGGAUUAGUCGAGGCUGCACCAUGGAUAAGAGUCCCGUAUCCAUUUCAAUGGGGUGCACCAUCAUUUGAUGCUGGUGAAGCUUUUGCCAUGAUGAUGACUACUUUUGUUACUCUUGUGGAGUCAACCGGUGGCUUCAUGGCGGUCUCGAGAUAUGCAAGUGCCACCCCUCUGCCUCCAUCUGUGCUAAGCCGUGGUGUCGGUUGGCAGGGAAUUGGCAUUUUGUUGUCGGGCUUGUUUGGAACUGUGAAUGGAUGUUCUGUAUCUAUAGAGAAUGCCGGUCUUUUGGCUGUGACUCGUGUUGGUAGUCGAAGAGUUGUACAGAUCGCUGCAGGGUGGAUGAUUUUCUUCUCAGUUCUUGGUAAAUUUGGAGCAGUCUUUGCUUCGAUCCCCGCGCCCAUCGUUGCGGCUCUGUACUGCCUUUUCUUCGCUUUUGUCGGUUCUUCGGGUUUGAGUUUACUUCAGUUCUGCAAUCUCAACAGCUUCAGAACAAAGUUCAUACUGGGCUUUUCGUUCUUUUUGGGCUUGUCUAUUCCCCAAUAUUUCAAUGAAUAUGAAGCUAUCAAUGGUUAUGGUCCGGUCCACACGUCCGGAAGAUGGUUUAACAGCAUGGUGAAUGUUCCGUUUUCGUCGGAAGCGUUUGUGGCAGGGGUCGUAGCAUAUCUUCUGGAUAACACGCUUCACAGGCACGAUGGUUCGGUAAGAAAAGAUAGAGGCAAAAAUUGGUGGGACAAGUUCCGUUCGUUCCACAGUGACACACGAAGCGAAGAAUUCUACUCGUUGCCGUUUAACCUCAACAAAUAUUUCCCAGCUGUUUGAGGUGAAGAAGAACAUGAAAUACCGACAACUGUUGUUCUUUUUAGUUUCAUUUAUGUAUCUAAUCUUGUGCUAAAAUAGUCCGGGCUUGAUCAUAUUCCACGAGUGAUUUAUGAUUUAUUAGUUGUUUUUUGCUGUAAAUGCAAUGGUAAGAAUGAAGAUUGAUUGAAGCAUAAAGGAUUAGUUUUGUGCUUUCAACUACUUGAGUUAAGAACAUUGUCUUACCACUUUUGUAAUAGAAAUCUUGAUUCCUGAAUGUGCACUUGUUUUGUUUUUUGAUAA